CCGUGCAUACGGAAGGAACACAAGGGGUGUGGUUUCUAUGCGACUGAAGGAAGGUGACAAGAUGGCAUCAAUGGACAUAGUACCAGCAGCGAUGUUUAAAGACUUGCAAAAUUCAUCAGGCAAUUCUGAGAUCCAGGGCAGAGAUCUCAGACCACCAUGGUUGCUCUUCAUUUCUGAAAGUGGUCAUGGGAAGCGUGUGCCUCUGAGUAACUUUAGACAAUCAAGAUUUAAUAGAGUGGGUCUGAGAGGUUACAAGCUCCCAGAAGAUUAUCGUCUUGCUGCAGUAUUUGUUGUUGGGUUUUCUCUGGCAGAGGAUGGUGAAAGUGACGAACAUGUUGUCCUAGUCAGCCAAAGUGGGACUGUCAACAGAAUCAAGAUUCAAGAUGUAUCUAUACAGUCAAGAUUUGCAAGGGGUGUUAUCUUAAUGCGAUUGGAGCAUGCAGGGAAAAUCCAAUCUGCUUCUUUAAUUUCUGCCGCCACUGAUGAUGUCAUUAAUGAUGAUAUUGACGUCUGAUAAUUUAAACUAGUAUCUGCUGGCUAGUGGCUACACUCCAGAAAAUUUCAAAUCAAUUACCCCCUUUCUUUGUUUUCCUCCAAAAUUGGAAGGCGGCAAAGUUGAUUUUCAAGCCUUUUUUUUUUGGGUGGGGAUUAGGAAGACUCUCUCUUAACUUGGUAGUGUUAGUCAAUAUUUCCAUUCCCGUGUACUACUACUCUAUGAAAGUGUUAUGAAAAUUAUAGCCUUGCCUACAACUACAACAGGUGAAGAGGAUGAGAUAAAGCAGGUGAAGUAAAUUUCCUCAAGUGCUCA